AGGGGCAGGAAGGUAGAUGAGACUGAGCUGGAGUGUCAGAGGCAGUCGAGUUGAGAAGAAGAAGGAGAGGAGAUGGAGCCCAGUGUGAUUCGAUUAAGCCACUGCCAGAAGGAAAUCUUCUGCUUCUCUGUCCCAGAACAGUGCCCGAGCUGCGGUGAGGAGCUGAGGGGGAGCAGACUGCAGGAGGCACCGGUCAGCCUGCCCUCCCCCUUUACCAACGGGCACAAGAGCUCUUGCUGCCUCCUUAUUGCACCUGCACAUGACAACCACACCAGGGACUUCAGUGGGACUUCAGAUCUGCACACUGGGAUCUCUAACACAAAAGGAGUGGUGUACAACUACACCCAGAAUGGGGUGCAGAGAGAACAAAGAGGCUGGGAGCGCUGCAUUAGCAUCCCUCUAGUCCGACCAGACAUGUUCCACCUGCUGGCUCAGUGGGAUCAGUACCUAGAGCGUUUCUCAGAGGGACCCAUGUGGGACCCCGUGUGGCAGAGGUUCGACGAGGACGACCACAACUGCUUCAGCUUCUGCUUGCAGUUCCUAAACACUGUCUUGACAGCGGAGGGUUGCAGCUCCCUGAGCAAAGAGGACUUCACCCGCUGCUUCAUCCUGCCGAGGAUGAAGAGGGUGUCAAAAUAUACCACACUGGUCCAACACAUCGAAAAGCAGCAGUUCUACAUGGUGGACCGACCGCAGGAGGCAGAACCCAGCAGUUAAAGAAGCACCUCUGACACCAUGGAAACAGACCCACUGGACUAAGUGUUCAGACUGACACCAGCUGCAGUUAUGGAUCAGAACAAAUGAAAACUGGCUCAUGAACCCUUUACUAUUGAAACUUUUUUUUUUUUUUUUCCAGAAGCACUUCUCAAACUAGAAGAUUUUUAUUUUGGUUUUCUCCAUCGGCCGAGACCAAACCACGGCACAGAACCAUUCCAGAGGUCAAACUUAAAUGUAAGAUAUUGUGACUAAUGUUCACCCAUUUUAGAAUUAUCUUCUUAAUCGGUGAGCUCUUUAGUAUUGAGUUGCGAAACUUUUCUUUUUUUAUCUAAAAAAAAAAGUGUGAAAAAAACUGAUUGCUGUUAAGUUGUAAGCAUAA